GGUCGCGACUGAAAAACGUUUAAAAGAAACCCUGCUUUAAACUGAAAUUUCUUGCCGUAAUAAACUACCCUCAGCGUCGCGCGAGUUAAAACUCCGCUUGCAUUCUUAAAGGCAUUGUUUUCAUUCAAAUCAUAUUUCAGCUUCCUUUAAAUCCAAUUAGAAUUUUCUAAAUGUAAAGCUUUCUCUAGAAAAGAAUAGUAUUCAGAAGGGGGAAAGCAUCAGUGAAUUACGUGAUAGCUAACUCUUUAUUGCUGUGAUUGAAUAAUCAGUUGAGGCAAUUGUAUAUCCUUUUUAUUUAAUUUUUAUUUUUUUCUCUUCCUGUGACAUAUACUCAUUGUAGAUAGCAGCGUCUCUUAUAAGCGAGAACCCGUUCUAGCUUCCCUGUUUUUAAUGAAGAUUUCUGCCAGUUUCUAGCGCUACCGUGUAUAUUUGGUUCAUCUUUUCUGCUGAAAAUAUGACGAACUAUACUCCUGUAAGACUGGCAUAUAAAACUGUCGAACCUGUAAGUAGUGCCGAAGAUAAACCGCCAAUUAUUUUUUUACAUGGUUUAACACGUUCAACCGAAUACUGGUUUGAUAUUCCCCAAAUAAUUGCGAAUGAAACAAAAUGAAAGAUAUACCUACUGGAUGCGAGAAAUCAUGGUGACAGCGAAUGGUCGGAUGAGUUCAACUUCGAUAUCAAUUCCACUGAUUUGCUGCAUUUUAUGGACACAAUGAAUAUUCCUAAAGCUGUUUUACUCGGACAUAGUAUGGGUGGAAUAACAGCCAUGAGGACAGCUCUUAAGAAGAAAGUGACAGUCGAGAUGAUCAUUGUAGAAGAUAUGUCAGUCAGAAAACUACCGAAAUCUGUGUCGGACAUGGUAACCACAUUUAUAACAUUAGCGCAACAAGCACUUGAGCAAAUGCCAACAGAUAUAGAUGAAAACGGCGCUAAGAAAUUCAUCAUUGAGUACCUAUUCGAUCACUUGCCUGCGGAAGCUAAAGAAUUGAUGAAAAGACGUAGCAAAGAUGAUUAUAAAGCUCUUUCCCUGAAACGCAACCCAGAUGGCCGGUAUACGCUUAGUGCCAACAUCAAAGUGUUAAAGAACGCAGUACAGAAUACAGAGACUUUAAUGUCCGAAUUAAAGGGAGUUUAUGACGGUCCAGCCUGUUUCAUUUACGGAAAAGAUUCUCAUUUCCAGGUGGGAGCCGAUGAACCUUAUAUUAGGCAAUUUUUUCCAAACGCUGAGUUUGUGGGAAUAGAAAAUGCAGCCCAUAGCGUACAUACAGAUUGCCCUCGUGAAUUUACAGAUGCUGUUUUGAAAUUUUUGUCCCGAGCAUGAAGCUGUAUAAGAAUCAAAUGCUGAAUUUGUGUUGCAGAAAAAGAACCAUGAACUUGUGUUAUCACGUUUCCCCAUUCAAAACUUAAAACUAAUUUGUAAAAUAUUGUAUAAAUGAUUAUUAAUGCAAUAAAUAUGAUCUAAUAUAA